AGGAGGGUUGGAGGCAGUUCUAAGAGAGGGCAAGGGCAGGCGAGUGCAAAACUGUGAAAGGGCAAGUUAGAAAAAUUAGAAGUCCUACUUGCGUGCUCCCCCGUCCUUGACUGCUGCCUCCCCACUCCAUUACCUGAGGCACACAUACAUACACACAGGGAGGUGUUUCAGGGAGGCUUUAGAGGGCUGACUCUCCAGGGAAGAAGGGAAUUAAACACUUUUGUUUUCAGUCCGCUGCAUCUAUUCUCAAGAGAAAAAAAAAGGAUUACAGCUUGUACGUCAGCCCCAAUUGUUCCUCUCUUCUUUUUGCAUUUUGUCUUCACUGAGUUACUUUGAAGGCUUUGGAUAUUGCCUUCUUGAAUUGUUAGUCUGAACUCAGAAAGGCAUGGCACAAGGAAAAAAGAGCCCCAAAUGGGCAUUAACCCAGGGCUCCCUCAGCUUGGCAUUGGGCCUGUCGCUCUUCACCCUCCUCCUCCUUACCAUCGUGGCUGCAGAUGAGUACGACUACUACAAUUGGCAGUCGGACAACUACCACAAUGGUCGCUUCUACACCAAGCAACCCCAGUGUGUGGACAUACCAGCUGACCUUCGUCUGUGCCACAAUGUGGGCUACAAGAAGAUGAGGCUUCCCAACCUCCUGGAUCACGAGACCAUGCCAGAAGUCAAGCAGCAGGCUGGCAGCUGGGUGCCCCUCCUGGCCAAAAGGUGCCAUGCUGACACACAGGUCUUUCUGUGUUCGUUGUUCACUCCUGUGUGUCUGGACAGGCCCAUCUAUCCAUGCCGCUCACUGUGCGAGGCUGUCAGGGACAGCUGUGCUCCGGUGAUGGAGACCUAUGGCUUCCCGUGGCCAGAUAUGCUGACCUGCGAAAAGUUUCCCAUCGAUAACGACCUCUGUAUCCCAAUGCAGUUCACUGGGAACCACGCAACCCCACCACCAGUGUCCAAGGUGUGCCCGCCAUGUGACAACGAGCUGAAAACAGACAACAUCAUGGAGCAUUACUGCGCCAGCGACUUCGCCCUAAAGAUGAAAAUCAAGGAAGUGAAAAAGGAGAAAGGUGACCGGAAGCUGAUUGCAGCACAAAAGAAGAAGAAGGUUUUGAAGCAGGGCGUGCUCAGGAAGAAGGACUUAAAGAAGCUUACCCUGUACAUUAAAAAUGGUGCCAACUGUCCCUGCGCCCAGCUAGACAGUCUGGGAUCCCACUUCCUGAUCAUGGGACGUAAAGUGGACCAGCAGUUGCUGCUCAUGUCCAUUCACAAAUGGGACAAGAAAAGCAAGGAGCUCAAGUUUGCCAUCAAGUUUAUGAAAUCCCAUCAGUGCCCCACCUACCACACUGUCUUCCAGUGAAGUGGCUUGCUGCUGUGUUUGCAGAAACCACGACUGUUCCCACAUUCCAGCCCGUUCCUCACAAAUCUAAUUCUGUUUCAAUAACUCAUCCCUCACCCUUGAAAUCUGUUACCAGUUCUUUAUAAUAUAUAGUCCAGCAGGGUUUUGGAUGGUGCACAAGCUUGUAUUUUUUCAGCUUAAACAUGAAUCAGGUAGUUAGGGGCGUCAUUCAGAUCGACUUAGUUGCAGCUCCCUCACACAGAGUUUCUAAUCAGAAUGAUGUCAUAUUAAGUCCAAGCAAAAACACACAUGUUUAUCCACCUCCCCGAAACCUAACGCAACCUUCUUUAACAUUUCUGCUUUCUUCUUCUGAUGUAGUAGAGCCAGUUACAUGAAUCAUACCUUAUAACAACUUAUCAAUCAGACAGUAACAUUAUUAAAUGGAAAGAGGAGUUGAAAUCCUCAGUAGUGUGAUGAUUGUAGACAGACAGAAUGAGAACAGUGGGGUAGGAAAGGCUUGUUUCUGUGUAAAAAGAGUACUGAAAAUGAUCGUACAAUGCUGGCACAGGACUCUUAGAUAAAACAAAAACAAAACAAAACAUCAAAGCAGAGAAAUGUAGGUGACCCACUUAAGUGUAUGUUUUAAUAAUGUAAAAAGUAGGCAAUUCAGACGAAUAUUAGAUUAUUAGAAAACUAGGCUUUUCUUCCUUUUUUUUAUUUAAUCCACUGUGGGAAAGAUAAUGGAUCAGAUGAGACAGGCUGAAGGACUGAUGCCUCCACUGACUUUGGACAGCACCGUUUUUGUGGCCUGAAUGACGGACACUUGAAUUAUUUUUGUCUUUUCAAUUGGAGAGAGAAGGAAACAAAGGCAGAACAGACAUCUUUCUGAAAACAAGUGGAAUGUAAAAGAGAGCAAAAGAGAAAGAAAGAGACUUUGGACAGAACCAGCAUUGUUGGAUUGAUAAGUCUCUGGUACUCGUCAUUUUUCACUAUCGGUCUUCAAAUGUUUUGUUGUUUUGUUUAUUUGUUUUUAUUAUUAAUGUACUUAAAUCUUUAAAUUUGCUUCAGUUAAACUCACAUGGUAUGAAAGCAGAAAUCAUACAUUCAGACAUAGCACCUGAAUACACUGUUGCAGUAGCAAUGAAAGAUGAAAAUUUAACUUUGACAUUAUUGUCUAACAUAUUAACCUGUAAGUAGUUCUGUUACUGAAAUAGAUCUUUGCUUUUCAAAAACGUAAAUGAAUAAAAAUAUAUUUGAAAUUUUUAUAAAGAAUAUAUUUCUAAA